UGUAGUAGUUUUGUAAGCGGGGUUUAGUGCAGAAGGUGAAGUGAAGAAACAAAUAAUACUACUGUAUGCAUAUGUAUACAUUUUCAAAUCUGUAUAUACGCAUAAAUAUAUGAUUAAUGUUUUUUCAAUGUCAUAUCUAAAUAUACAUAUAUGUACUUCAACGUAUGUAAACGUAACUACCGUAAAUUAGUGAAGUCCCGUAGCUGACGCCAUUUUGUAUUUAGAUAUUUAAAACAACCAGUUAAAAUUCUUGUAAAUGGAACUUGGCAAAAAAAGGUAUAAGGGUGGUCGGACACCUGCAGUUAGGUCAAGUGAUAGGCGACGUCCUCAAAGUAUUUCAACAUCAUCCACACUAUCGCCGCGAGUUGUGUUAUCUCGCUUGGAACCGAGAGAUUUUGAACGACUUCGCUUAUCAUACAAAGUUGCUAUUGACCAGAGGAGAUCUCGAAGCUGCCGUGGCAUGAACAUGGGUCAAAAAAUCAGUGGCGGUGUUAAAACAGUUAACCGUAAUGAUUCUCAGGCAACAUUCAAGCCAAUUAUACCCAGAGAGCUGCAAGCCGAUUUUGUAAAACCUGCACGAAUUGAUAUUUUACUUGAUAUGCCACCAGCAAGCCGGGAAAUUCAACUGAAACAUUCGUGGAACUCCGAGGACAGAUCAUUGAAUAUAUUUGUGAAAGAAGACGAUAAAUUGACAUUUCACAGACAUCCCGUUGCUCAAAGCACCGAUUGCAUUCGCGGUAAAGUUGGACUCACAAAAGGAUUGCAUAUAUGGGAAAUCUAUUGGCCAACGCGACAACGGGGCACACAUGCCGUCGUUGGGGUGGCAUCUGGUGAUGCCCCAUUGCAUUCGGUGGGAUACCAAAGUUUAGUGGGAUCCACUGAGCAGAGCUGGGGAUGGGAUUUAGGACGAAAUAAAUUGUAUCAUGACUCCAAAAAUUGUGCUGGUAUUACAUAUCCGGCAAUAUUGAAGAAUGACGAAGCAUUUUUGGUACCCGACAAGUUCUUAGUAGCUUUAGAUAUGGACGAAGGUACCUUGAGCUUCAUUGUUGACCAGCAAUACCUUGGUAUUGCAUUUAGAGGCCUCAAAGGAAAGAAAUUGUAUCCAGUUGUUUCCGCUGUUUGGGGACACUGUGAGAUAACAAUGCGUUAUAUCGGUGGAUUAGAUCCUGAACCCUUGCCAUUAAUGGAUCUUUGCCGAAGAACAAUUCGACAGAAAAUUGGUCGAGUUAAUUUGGAAGAGCGUAUACAACAACUGCAGCUUCCUCAAUCAAUGAAAACUUAUUUAUUGUAUAAAAAUCGUAGAUAAUAUUUUUAAUGUUGUAACUCGAAUAAGUAAUCAACAUCUGCUGCAUGUGAUGAUGGGAAGGCAGUUGACGUAAAAUAGUAUUAGUUCGUAAUAGUCUUUAAUUCAAUGUUAGGUUUUUCUGUCGUCAAGGAAUAUGUGUGAAAGUAUACAUUUUUUACUAUACUUGGUAAUCAUUUUUCUUUUUUUGUAUUGUAAAUUAAGUCGAUCAAUUAACUCAAUAUUUAAUAUACUCACGUUUAUUUGUAAAAUCUUGAAGAGAGCGUACUCUUUCUUCAACUAAAAAUGAUAUACAUACACAUAUAAA